AUGUCUUGUGGUGGUCUGAAGGAAACUAUGGAGAAAAUGUUCGACGAAUUGAGGACCUAUUUAGAUGUCCUAAAGCAUUCUGACAGUGCUGCAACCGCAUGUAAGGAUUUGGUGGAUCCACGUGCAAGUAGUGGUUUGAACCAUGUAAAAGAAAUAUGCAAGGUGCUAGUGAAGACAGUCUACUGGAUGGGCAAUUUACAGAGUGAUGGGAAGAAGAAAAAUAGGGUGACCAAGGAAGACGAUUGGAAGCAGUACCUAAAAUGUGUAAUUGGAAAUGAAGUUAUAUUAAGAGUCCUGGGGAAUAAAUGUAAAGCAAAGGAACUUAUGAAAGUUAUCUCCGAUACAAUGAAAAAAGGGGGAAGUCAAGGUAAUGGGGCAAGUGGCAGUAGUAUCUGCUCCUGGGUUAAUGCUCAUGACAUAGAUUAUAUGAACCAGAUUAUUGGGACUGAAAUGCAGGAAUUUAUAAAUAAAGCCAAGAAGGGGACGAAGAACGGCGGUACUGAGGGGUUCGUUAAUAUAGUAUCGUGGAUGCCCUGUGAAGGAGACGACAAGAAGAAGGAAGAGCUGGAUCAGAAAGCAAAACCUUGUCAUAGUGAUAGAAUUAUGGAUUUAUUAGAGGGUGGGAUGUCUGCAAAAUUACGUACAGUAAUCGACCCAAUAGAAAAGGCUAAAGAUUGCAUCCAGCAGAAAAAGGAUGGAAAUGACAAAUUGUGUGAACGCCUAAAAUGUAUGGAAUACCUAUGGAAUAAAACGGAUCCAUCAGCAGCGCAAGGGAACAACACAUUCUGGAAUGAGAACUCUGGUGAAGUGAAAAAGUUAUGGGAAGAACUAUCAGGAGCGAUGACGAAGAAUGACACAAAUGGGAACGAGGAUUGCAAUAAAUUGCAAAAUCCGUCUGACAAGACGGCAUGCAAUUAUUUGCAUGCCGGCUUCGAAGAACUGUAUAAGAAGCCGUCGUCGCCGACAGGCGACGACGGCAUCCUUUCUAAGAACAACCCAUCGUUUAGACAAACGAUGGGUUGUUUUUUACUUCACGCUUAUGCAAAACACAUGAAAGAAAAAGCAACUUGUCUUAUUGAUGAAGGAAUAAGUAAGGCAUUCACACUUGGUGAAGGUUUAAGUGCUAAUGGUAUUAAAUGCAAGUGGGAUGAGAACAACACUUGGGAAAAUUGUACAAUUAAGGAAGGUAGCAGCCAGAACGAAACGGAAGUAAAGAACAAAUUGAAUGACAUUGUCACGAAGGACGACUCCAAAAUAGUAGAAAUGGCAAAGGUUGUAAAUACAAUGGACAGUCUAUGUGAUGGUGUCCAAUGUGUAGGGAAGAGGUGGUUGAAGGAGAUCAAAAAGAAGCCGAAGCCCGGAACUGCCCUGACAAAGGACGACUGGAAGGAUUUCUGGGAAGAAGAAGUCAAGGUGAAGCUGAACAGUCUCUUUAAUGGGGCCCCUACUGCUGGUAGUAGUGGCACCACAGAUACCUAUUGCACCGGCAUUCCUGGCUCAGAUAAUGCAAAUGAAGAAGCAUGCAGACACAUGGCAAAAUUGUUGAAUCACAUGUACACAACCACAAAUGGUAGCCCUAACAAAUAUUCUGAUCAAAUUAUAAAUUGUCUUUUAUUAAAUGCUUAUGCUAAAAAAUUAAAAGACGAAGCCAAAAAAAAAGGGUUUUGUAGCAUAGAUGAAGGAAUAGAAAAAGCUUUCGCAAAUGCUGGGAAGGAUAAGAGUGGUAGUGGUUUUUCAUGCCAAUGGAAAGAAAACGACUAUGAAAAAUGCUCAAUUACUACAAGUGCCACCACCACAGAAAACAAUGUAAAGACCAACGUGGAAUCACUGUUCAGCAAGAACAAACAGACGGAGGACCCCCAAAUACAACAAACCUUGAUUAACUUCAAUAAGAACAAUACCUUAUGUGAACGAGUUAAAUGUGCAGCGAAAUGGUAUAAGGACACCACGGGAAAGGAAAAAUUCUGGGAGGAAUACGUCAAGGGGAAACUGAGUAGUGUCCUCUCUGAUACGGCUGUUAGUAAUGGUGGCACUACUGAUUAUUGCAAGAACGGUUCCCUAGAUAAUGCAAAUAAAGAAGCUUGUAAACUGUUUACUGCUAAAUUAGAACUCAUGUACAAAAAUCAAAAUGGGAGUGCUGGCAAUAACAAAUUGUCUGAUCAAAUUAUACAAUGUUCUUUGUUAAAAGCAUAUGCUGAAAAAUUAAAAGACAAAGCACAGAAGGAAGGGUAUUGUGACAUAGAAAGUGGUUUAAAGGAAGCUUUUGAACAAAGUAGUGCCAUUAUGAAUAAUGGAGCAUCCCAAUGCGGAACUGGUACUAAUGACAAUAAAUGUUUUGAAUGCAAAUGGGACGACAAUACUAUGAACGACCUUAAUGGUUGUACCACGGGCAGUAACAAUGACAAUGUGAAGGACAAAGUGGAAUCAACGUUAGAAGUCCACGACCAAACGAAGGACCCCCAAAUACAACAAACUUUGACUAAUAUAAAUAAUAAAAACCCCCUCUGUCGACGUCUCCAAUGUUUAGCAUCUCGAGUACAUGCACUUACCACAUCCAGUACACACGGUGCAAGCACCACCAGCGCGAAAGACUUCUGGACUGAGAAGGGCGAAGUGGCAACACUAUGGAAAGAAUUGUCUGAUGCAAUGAAGGGGAAAGGGAAAAACGGUAACGAAGAAUGUAAUAAUCUGACAACUCCUUCUGAAAAGACGGCUUGCAAAUUUUUGCAUGGCGGCUUCCAAGAACUGUACAAGGAUACGGCGGGGACGCCGUCGCCGUCAGGCGGCGAUAACAAACUUUUGUCCAACCCAUCGUUUAGACAAACGAUGGGUUGUUUUUUACUUCACGCUUAUGCAAAACACAUGAAAGAAAAAGCAACUUGUCUUAUUGAUGAAGGAAUAGAGAAGGCAUUCGAACUUGGGGAGAAACUUAGUAGUAAUGGUACUAAUGAUAAUUGCAAGGGUGGUAAAACUUGCAUUCCAUGCAAAUUGGCAGAUAAUGCCCAAUUGGGCAGUUGCCAAAUUACUACAAAUGGCGCAAAUGGCCAGGCCACUGGCCUAAAUGACAAGGUUGAGGACAAAUUGAAGACCAUCGUCCAUAAGGACAAGGACCCUAACAUUCGAACAAUGUUAACUAAAAUAAAUGAAAUGAAAACUUUAUGUGAUCGUGUCCAAUGUGUAUCCGAGAAAUGGUUAAGGGUAAAGAAGAAUAAGAUGAAUGGUGAAUCCUUGUCAGAGGACGACUGGAAUGAAAUGUGGACCGAAGUCCAAACUCAAGUCACCGAACUUGACAAGAACAUAGGAACGAAUAAAGAUGACACCGAAGCAGACGGUCUGUGCAAGGAUGUUCAAUGUACCCAUGGUAAUGCAGAUGGUUGUGUAAGCAAGGAUACAUGCAAACUUAUUGUUAAAGCAUUGAUGGACAUACAUAAAAUCAAGAAAGAGGGAACAGGUUCAGAAGCGGAACAAGAGAAUAAUAGAAUAUUUAAAUCUACCAUGCGUUGUGUAAUACUCAAUGCAUUCGCACAGAAAUUAAGAGAACGUGCAGAAAAGGGUGGUUAUGCUUGUGCUGUACAGAGAGGAAUUGAAGAGGCCUUCAAUGUUGGGGGCACGCAGCGCAAUACCUGGUGUAGGGGGAGUGGUAAGGAUGAUGGUUCAUGUGAAGAAUGUGAGAGAAGGGAGUGCACGGGUUCAAGAAUAGGGGGGAAGACUUACCUGUGGACUGAAGUAAUGAAUAAGUUAAAUACGAACACCAACACCAAAGUACAAUCCACAUUGUCCGAAAUAAAAAAGAAGGUCACUUUAUGUGAUCGCGUGAAUUGCAUAGCGAAUUGGUACCAUAAAGAAAAGGGACAGGGGAAGGGGGAGGAAAAAUUCUGGACGGAGCAUGUCAAGGCAUUGUGGGAAGAACUGUCCGAAGCAAUGAAGGGGAAAGGAAAUGACAAUGGAAACGGAGUUUGUGCUAUGAUGGGAGAGAAUGGCACUGAAGAGAGGGAUGCCACCGAUCCUGAAAGGAAGGCGUGCAAUUAUUUGCAUGCCGGUCUAAAAGCACUGUACAACAAUAGUUCGACGGCGACGACGACGUUGUCGCCGUCGUCAACAAGAAAAGAUAAUCAAGUUUUGAACCAUAAACCUUUUAGACGAACGAUGGGUUGCUUAUUACUUCACGCUUAUGCAAAGAAAAUGAAGGACGAAGCAAAAUGUGAAAUAGAGGCUGGAAUAAAAAAAGCUUUUCUGAAUGCAGGUAGUUGCAAUGGUGGUGCUGGUUCCAGUGGUAAGAAACCUUGUGUUCCGUGCCAAUGGGAUGAAAACAUCCUGGAAACUUGCCAAAUUACCACAAAUGGCACUCCCGAGAAGGUAGAAAAGAAGUUAGAACAUGUAGAAUCUGAUAUUAACAAAACCUCCACUACGAACUUAACGGAAAUAAACAAAACAGAGUCUUUAUGUGACUAUAUUAAAUGCGCCGGACCCAAAUGGUUCAAAAAGAACCAGGGGAAGAAUGGUGGUGCUGCUACUAACAAGACAUGGUGUGAAUUUUGGGAUACGGGUGUCAAACCAACAUUGCAGAAUAUGUUCCAACACAUCGCCUCCGAAGGACAGAAGAAUGGAAGCAAAACUAAUCCUGUAUGUGAACAGUUUGGUGAUGGUAAUAAUGAUAGUGUCGAAAGAAAAGCUUGUAAUCAUAUCACAGCAGGGUUACAACACAUUAAGGACAUUCAACCAAGUGGUCGUAAUGGUCAAGACAACCACCUGCUCGAACGAGCAGUUGGUUGUAUUGCUCUUAACAUGUACGCUGAUCAAAUAAUUAAUGAAGCGAAAGAUAAAUGUCCCAUUGAUGAGAACAAAAUAAAGGCAAUGUUUGAUGAUUGGAAUAAAAAAUAUAAUAAAUCUUCGUCUUCGACUUCGUGUAAUAGUGUCAGUGGUGGUAAUAAUAAUGGUUGCUUUGUUUGUAAAAGGGAGAAAAGUUAUGAGGUUUGCCAGCUGAGCGUCGAAGACGCUCUGGUGGAAACAUCAAUACCAUCACCAAAUGGACAAAAUUGCGAAAAAAACAAAACUGAAGCAAUUAAAGUCCAAGAUCAAAUGAAAAACCUCCUCAACAACGAAGACGACCAAUCCCAACCCCAAUCCAACUCUACCAUUAAAUCCAACAUAGGGACCACUUUAUCUACUAUCACUAACAUGACCUCUUCUUUCUGUACUCAAAUCCAAUGCGCAGCAAAAAAAUACUACGUAAAAAAAAAAAACAACCCUAAUGCAAAAAGCAGCGAUGUGUCUUGGAGUGCCAUAUACAAUGACGCCGCGACCGAAUUAGCGGAACUUUUAAAAGAUAUGAACAACCCUACAAAGCAGAAGAACGUUGACAAAUACUGCGACAACGACGCUAAUUGGAAGAAUUUAGGCCAUAAAGAAAAACAUACAAAUAAAGCAGCUUGUUUGCUUUUUGCUGCAGGAUUAGAGCACAUUUAUACUCAUGGUAAUGACCAAAAGAAGGGCCCAUCGUUUGUCCAAACGAUGGGUUGUUUAUUUCUUAAAGAAUAUGCAAAACAAUUAAAAGAAUUGGCGAAUAAAGAAAAAAAGCAUAAGGUACAUCCUCGCUGUAGUGUAGAUUCGGGCAUAGAUCACGCUUUUAGCAAAAGUAAUAUCAUUAUGAAUGACACACCUCCAUGCAGUAAUGGUAAUAAUUCUUGUUUUGUGUGCACACAAGACGAUUAUAAUAAUUGCCAAAUUGGCAAGGAUGAAGUAAAGCCCAAAGUUGAAGCAAUAUUCAAAGACCAACGGAACAAAGAACAUAUGCAACAAACAUUAGAGAAUACAGUCUGUCCCAUCCUUCUUACGGAUAUCCUUACCCCUUUUCUUCCUUUGGCUCCUGUCUCUAUUGGCCUUUCUGCUAUGGCUUAUUACCUUUGGAAGUAUUUUGGUCCUCUUGGUAAAGGAGGAGCACGUUUCAGAAGAUCUCCUGCUGAAAUUCCUGGUUCAUCAGUACAGGAACAAGUCCUCGAUCAUGUGCAACAAGAUAGUUCACAUGAAUAUCGUUUGGUGAAAGAACGAAAACCUCGUUCUGCUCCAACGAGAACGAAACGUUCUGGUCCCGUGAAUCGUCGCACGAUUAUUGAAAUUCAUUUUGAAGUGUUGGAUGAAUGUCAAAAAGGGGACACACAAUUGGCUCAGAAGGAUUUUCUGGAACUUUUGGUUCAGGAGUUCAUGGGAUCCGAAUUAAUGGAAGAAGAACAGGUUUCUAAGGAAGAAGUUCCUAUGGAAAGUGUUCCAAUGGAACUUGUUCCUAUUGAAGAGGUUCCAAGUUUAGGUUCCGGGUUACUGGUUUAA